AUGGCCAACAGCACGGGACUGACCGGCACAGAAGUCGCAGGCUCGGUGGGGUUGAUCCUGGCGGCUAUCGUAGAGGUGGGGGCCCUGCUGGGCAACGGUGCGCUGCUGGUGGUGGUGCUGCGCACGCCUGGCUUGAGCGACGCGCUCUACCUGGCGCACCUGUGCGUCGUGGACCUGCUGGCCGCCGCCUCCAUCAUGCCGCUGGGCCUGCUGGCCGCACCCCCGCCGGGCCUGGGCCGCGUGCGCCUGGGCCCCGCGCCCUGCCGCGCCGUGCGCUUCCUGUCCGCCGCGCUGCUUCCGGCCUGCACGCUCGGCGUGGCCGCCCUCGGCCUGGCGCGCUACCGCCUCAUCGUGCACCCGCUGCGGCCAGCCGCGCGGCCGCCGCCCGCGCUCGUGCUCACGGCGGUGUGGGCCGCGGCCGGGCUGCUCGGCGCGCUCUCCCUGCUCGGGCCGCCGCCCGCGCCGCCCCCGGCCCCGGCCCGCUGCUCGGUCCUGGCUGGAGGGCUGGGGCCCUUCCGGCCGCUCUGGGCGUCGCUGGCCUUCGCGCUGCCGGCCCUCCUGCUGCUCGGUGCCUACGGCGGCAUCUUCCUCGUGGCACGCCGCGCCGCCCUCCGGCCCCCACGGCCCGCGCGCGAGGCCCGGCUGCGCUCCGAUUCGCUGGACAGCCGCCUCUCCAUCCUGCCGCCCCUCCGGCCUCGCCUGCCCGGGGGCAAGGCGGCCCUGGCUCCGGCGCUGGCCGUGGGCCAGUUUGCAGCCUGCUGGCUGCCGUACGGCUGCGCGUGCCUGGCGCCCGCAGCGCGGGCCGCCGAAGCCGAGGCGGCUGUCACCUGGGUGGCCUACUCGGCCUUCGCGGCGCACCCCUUCCUCUAUGGUCUGUUGCAGCGCCCCGUGCGCUCGGCGCUGGGCCGCCUCACUCGCCGCGCGCUGCCCCGGCCCCCGCGGGCCUGCCCUCCGCGGGCCUGGCCCCCGCGGGCAAUCCUGCGGCGCCUCCGCCGACCCCGACCCCGCCAGAGCCCUGCCCCAGGCCCCUCGGAGGCACCAGAGCAGGUGCCCUAG